AUGGCGUCAAAGGAAGGCCAGAAGAAGCCCACCUCGGCAGCGAUCAACCUGGUCGCUGGCGGUGGUGCUGGCAUGAUGGAGGCGCUGGUGUGCCAUCCUCUAGACACGAUCAAGGUGCGGAUGCAGCUGUCUCGCCGGGGCAAGGAUGCACCACGACGCGGGUUCGUGCGCACGGGCAUGGAGAUUGUCAAGCGCGAGACGCCGCUGGGCCUGUACAAGGGUCUGGGGGCAGUGCUGACGGGCAUCGUGCCCAAGAUGGCCAUCCGGUUCUCCUCCUUCGAAUGGUACAAGACGCUUCUGGUGGGCGACAGCGGCAAGGCGGCGGACAGCAGCAAGAUCUUUGUGGCCGGGCUGUCGGCAGGCGUGACGGAGGCCGUCGCCGUCGUCACCCCGAUGGAGGUCAUCAAGAUCCGGCUGCAGGCACAGCACCACAGCAUGGCCGAUCCGCUGGAUGUGCCCAAGUACCGCAACGCCGCACACGCGCUCUACACAGUCGUGCGCGAAGAGGGCUUCGGCGCGCUCUACCGCGGCGUCUCGCUCACGGCCCUGCGCCAGGGCAGCAACCAGGCCGUCAACUUCACGGCCUACUCGUACUUCAAGGACGCCCUGCGCCGCUGGCAGCCCGAGCUCGAUGCCAGCCUGCCGCUGCCUGGCUACCAGACCACGCUCAUCGGCCUCGUCAGCGGUGCUAUGGGCCCUCUCAGCAACGCCCCCAUCGACACCAUCAAGACCCGUCUGCAGAAGACGCCUGCUCAGGAGGGCGUCAGUGCCUGGCGCCGCGUCUCCCUCAUUGCUGCUGACAUGUUCAAGCAGGAGGGCUUUCAUGCCUUCUACAAGGGCAUCACCCCGCGCAUCAUGCGUGUGGCUCCCGGCCAGGCUGUCACCUUUACCGUGUAUGAGUUCCUUAAGAGCAAGCUCGAGAAGAGCGGGCCGCUGUCCGUCAAGGCCGACCAUUAUGAGGAGUAG